GCGCAGAACCCGGUGCUGCGGCACAUCACCGAUUACCUGAUCGAGGAGGUGAGCGCCGAGGAGGAGGAGCUGCUGGGACAGGGACAGGGACAGGGCCAGGGACAGGGACAGGGACAGGGCCAGGGCGCGGCCCCGGCCGAGGACGCCGCGCGCGAGACCAACCCGGCCGAGGUCACCGUGGAGCGUGACGAGAAGCUGCUCAAGGUGCUGGACCGCCUCCUGCUGUACCUGCGCAUCGUGCACUCGGUGGAUUACUACAACACCUCCGAGUACCCCAACGAGGACGAGAUGCCGAACCGCUGCGGGAUCAUCCACGUGCGGGGCCCGCUGCCGCCCAACCGCGUGUCCCACGGGGAAGUGGCCGAGUGGCAGCGCGGGUUCGAGGCGCGCCUGGCCCCGCUGCUGGCCGGCCCCGGCGCCGUCCCCGAGGAGGAGGCGCAGCGCCUCGGCCGCAAGGACCCCGAGCAGGAGCUCGAGAAGUUCGUCAGCGCCAACACCCAGGAGCUGGGCAAGGACAAGUGGCUGUGCCCCCUCAGUGGGAAAAAGUUCAAGCUGCGGGAGUGCGAGCUGAGCCCAGGAGUGAACCGGGACCUGACGCGGCGCGUGCGCAACGGCUCGGGGCUGCUGCGGGAGUGCGAGCUGAGCCCAGGAGUGAACCGCGACCUGACGCGGCGCGUGCGCAACGUCUCGGGGCUGGGUUUUGGGCUGCUGCGGGAGUGCGAGCUGAGCCCCGGCGUGAACCGGGACCUGACGCGGCGCGUGCGCAACGUCUCGGGGCUGCUGCGGGAGUGCGAGCUGAGCCCCGGCGUGAACCGCGACCUGACGCGGCGCGUGCGCAACGUCUCGGGGCUGACGCAGCACCGGCCCAUCGUGCGCCACGACAUCAAGCUGGCGGCGCGCCUGGUGCAGGCGCUGGACGCCCGCGCGCGCCUCUGGAGCCCCCCCGGCGCCACCGCGGGGGACACGGCUGGGGACACGGCCGGGGACAGCGCCGGGGACAGCGAGCCGCCGCCCGCCGCUGAGCACGGGGCCCAGAACCCGGUGCUGCGGCACAUCACCGAUUACCUGAUCGAGGAG